AAAUAAAGACGGUGCGUUUUGAUUCUCAGAUGUUAGAGCCUGAAAACGCUUCGUUUCAGUGCUUUUCCCUCUCUUCCUCCUUUCGAGCUCGCCUGAGAAAAUGGUUCGAAUCCACGCGAAGCACGGCCAAACCUCUGAUCAAAUUCAGUUCCUCUACGACUGCGCUAGUUCUUCACGGAUUGACGAAAUUGCUCUCGAACUCACACGAAUUUCCAAUCUUCAAGCCAAGAUUCAAGCCCUCGUUCUUGAGCUUGAACCUCUUCUGCUACCCUUCCAUGGUGACGCUAAUGCACUUCCUCUUGUGAGAGCUUUAUCCGAAGCCAAUUCCUAUGCUUCCAAGGACCAGGUGGUUUACAAUAAACCCUUGUCUUAUUAUGCUCUAAGAGAUCACGUACAGUGCAUAGCGAAGGAACUCUCGACAGUUUCUCCAUUGCUUGGCUUUUCGGAUUUGGAUCAGUUUCGAAGAAUUCUAACAGGCUCAGAGGUACUGAAAGAGGAUACAAUCCAGCUCUUGUGGGCGGGAAAGGUUUUGGACAGGGGUAAAAGACUAAGUGAUUACAUUGGAGAAAAUGAGAAAACCAAGAUUGUGAUGAAGCUACAGACACCAGAUUCAUCUCCUGCAUAAACAGAAGUACAAUGGUAAAGUUUAAGAUAUAUCGUUUUCUGUAAAAAUUUGUGUUAACUAUGUUUUUCAGAAGAUAGGAUGUUAAUGAAUUAAAGCACUCCUUACUUUCAAACAAGUUACAAAUCUAUGGUGCGCUUGUUUUCAUUUUAGCAUUUGGAAAUGUUUCGAGUUGUUUUGCUCAUUUGUGAUACAUUUUAGUGGAUGCGAAUGCUUCUCUUAGAAUUUUGUUUCCGAGGGUAUUAAGUGUUUGAUAAUGGUGAACUAGUAUGGGAUCCAAGAUAUGUGUACAUAGGAACAAAUUUAGAAGUCUAUGUUGGUGUAAAUGUUAAACUGGUGUGUUACAAUUAUCUUGGAAAGGAAUUUGCUAUUAUUUGUUUGGA